AUGCGUUCCGCUUUCAAGAACGAGCAUUCUUUUGAGAAGCGCAAGGCUGAAGCCGAGAGGAUCCGCCAGAAGUAUCCGGACCGCAUCCCCGUCAUCUGCGAGAAGGCCGACCGCACCGACAUCCCGACGAUCGACAAGAAGAAGUACCUCGUCCCCUCGGAUCUCACCGUGGGUCAAUUCGUCUAUGUGAUCCGCAAACGUAUCAAGCUUGCUCCCGAAAAGGCCAUCUUCAUCUUUGUCGACGAGGUGCUUCCAGCUACAGCAGCGUUGAUGAGCGCCAUCUACGAGGAGCACAAGGAUGAAGAUGGCUUCCUCUACGUCUCGUACUCGGGCGAAAACACCUUCGCUUUCCCCUUCUCUUUCAUCGUCACACGCAAAACAAAAGAAACUCGCCUGCGAGCAGCUUGGCACAGCAAAGCCCGUUACGGAGCCGUCACCGAUAUCCGCCAGUCUUCCUUGGACGCCUCUGCAAACAGACCGAACAACGUCGCUCUUCGCCUUCGCCCUGUCUCUCUAGUCCGUGCAAUCAUGGCGGAAGAUCGUCCCAGGGAGCCAGAGAUCAAGGUCUCGGAAGAUGGCAUCAACGCCAACUUCAGCCUCUCGCCCAGACUCGAUCAACCUUCCUCUCGUCCCAAAAAUGCAGCAGCUCGAGGCAGACAUCACCAUCACAAUCGCAAUCACUCGAUCGACACAAAGGACCGCACUAGUCCAAUCCUCGGCUUUGGCUCUCUGCAGACCUCCUCGAAUACGGGCGACCGAUCCUGGGCCAUAUCGGAUUUUGUAGGAGGAGAUGCUCAUGCUGCAUCGUCAGACUCGGCUCACGCUACACCAUCAAGCUCGUGGGACCCGUCUCGACUGGUCAACGGAUCGCACGACCAUCCCUCGGGCCUGUCCGUCUCUCGCUCCAAGACAGCUUCCAACAGUCAUCUCUCCGCUUCCACUUCGCCUGUCCUUCACCCAUCGACACGCAAAGUGAGCGCUGGCUCCAAUUCUAGCAGCAGUAGCAGCACGGGCAGUGCUUCCCCCGAGGCUCCUUUUGCAUCCGAUGCCCGCCGAUACGGAGCUCGCAACGCCGAUCGACACCAACCCAACGGCACCUCCCACCACCUGGUCGAAGGUAGCACUCGACGCACCUCGUCUCCUGCUCGUGCCUUUUCGGGUGCACCCAUCUCUCCGCGCCUCCAGUCGACCAUGUCUGCACACGCCGGUCUUGCGCACGCUCGUCGUGCCAGCGCCGAUCUAGCUACUGCGCCCUUUCGUGCACCUUCGCCCAUCUUCUUGCCUUCCACCUCGCCACCUGCCGUUCCUGUCAACCCGGAUGCGCAGCACAGCUGGGAUUCCGUUUGGCCGAGAUCUUCCACGCCCGACCGCGCCGACCAGCUGCGCAGGAUCGGAUCCGCCUCGCCCGUCGCUGGCUCGCCUGGUCGCGCAUCUCCCUCCGGCUCAUCCGACUCGACCAACCUCUCGCGAUCUCCUUCCACCUCUUUCGACUCGGGCUCUCCUGCCGCCACAUCUACAACCGUGCUCGGACGACCCAAAGCACGACGGCCGCACGAGCUGCGUGGCUCCUCGUCCUCUCCGAUAUUGCGCGCGAGUCCGAGCAGCUUGCGCGAGAGCCACGACCCGACCAAGAGCCCAGGCAGAAGCCUCGAGACAGCAAGGUCAGAACCUGUCGUCAAAAUCGGCUUCACUCCGGCCUCAGCUGCCGACAGUGUCAAAGCGCCCACCGCUGCGUUUACCUCUGCCGCUCAAAAUCCGGCCAGCAAAGUCCUUUCGCCAGCUACAGAGGCGACGCCACACGUCGAUGCCGCCAACGCGCUCGUAUCGCAUCGUAAUAGCAGCACCGGCUCCUCGUGGCUUCCCGAGCGUGCCGAGUCGCCUUCGGCAGCUAUUGCCGCAGAUCCAAGCAAGCAACGUCUCGGCGGCUCUGUGCCCAUCUCUCAAUCGUUACCGCUUCCGACCCGCACGCCCUCGCCCAAAAUAUCGCCUACUUCGCCUCGCUCCCCCUUUCUUGAGCUUUCAGCUCCGGCCACAUCUGCCUCCAGCACUGGCAAUAUGGGCCUAAGCGAAAGUCCGCCCAAGACGCGUAGCUUCAUCGCAAUGCCACCGCGUUCAGGCUACGAGCUGAGUGAUGACCCCGACGAUGUCGGCUCCGAGGAGGACGGCUCCAAUUCCGAAAGGGAGAGCGUGGGUACCAACGAUGAAGAUCAGGAUGGCUCAGAGUACGACGACGAGGACAUCGCCGAUGACGCCGACGAUAUCGACGAGGACGACGAGCAGCGAUCGCCUCGUCAAGAGCGCGGACGAGAGCUCGAUGCGGACGAGCAGUCCAUCGAAUCGCACGAUGUUGCCGCCAAGCCAUCGUCGCCGAGUAGCAGCAGCAGUGGUGCCCUUUCCGCACCAGACCGCCCCUCGCUACCCAAGCGGCCGAGUCUCACCAGAUCCGGCGUGGUCCCACCGCCCAUCGCCAUCCUCGAUCAUCCACGCAGCCCACUCGAUCCGCUCGCCCAAGCCGAAAAUUCCGCCCGUGCUCUCGCCGCACAGAAGGGGUCGUCGAGCAGCGCCAUGCUUAACUUUUUCCGUGACGAGCCCGGUCAGCAAGACACGCAGCAGCAGCUCGGCAUCACAGGUGACGCUCAGAUCUCGGACUCCGUCAUGCCCUCCGCGCUCGGUCUCGACGCUGGCAUGGCGCACCCGCUUGACGCCACCAUGGAGGAAGGCGAGGCCGGUGUCGACCAUGAUCAGGACGACGAUGACGAUGACGAAGAUGAACACGGCUACGGCGUUGGUAUCGAAAAUGCCGAUGAAGGGCUCAACACGCUCGAACGCAUCUUCCUAUUUGCGAAAAGCGACAUGGCCUACCACAGAGUCCUCGUGUCGCAGUCGCUCCCUGACUGGAUCCGAGAGGUGGAGCUCAACGAUGCCGUCGAGUACAUCAUCCCUCUCCUCAAUGGUCUAGCGACCGACGAGCCAGACGUCUGCGCUGCUUUCGCGCCAGAAGUGGGCCGAGUCAUGUGGUACUUCUUCCGCAACUGCCCAAUCGCCGAGCUCGCUGACGAAGCCAGCGAGAUGCACAAUGCGGACGAUGACGAGCCAGAAAGAGCGUCACGCCCCAAGAUCAGCCUCACCGCCUUCACAACGCUGCUCUGCGCUCUGCUCCUCAACCAGAAUACCGUCAUUGCCGGAGCCACACAGCAGUCGCUGGUGCACCUCUUCUACCGCCUCGAUCGUCGUGACAUCGAGCUGUCCAGAGAGGAGCUUGCCGAGAAGGAUCAGCAAGAAGUUCAAGCACGACAGCAAGAGCAAGAUCUGGAGAGCUACAUUACCCAUGCAUCUGGCCGAGACGGACAGCCGGUGCCGCACGAAGACUAUCGGUUUGACGACCAGGCCAGAGCAGCUGUCAAGAACGAGCUGCUCGUCAACGUCGCCCUUGCCCUCGCCCAGAUCCACCAUCACGGUCGCAAUAGCGAGCACCAACAUGAAGACGGUGAACAGCAGCAGGAUGAACAAACAUCAUCAACGUCCAUCGACAACGAUCCGCACAGCUCCGACAGUGCAGAUGAGGCCAUGGAGGAAGACCAGGCCGAGAACGGCUCGUACAGUGUCAAGGCUAGUCACGAGCCUGACUCAUCUUCUGAAACGCAGACGGCCUCGCACGAUGCUAUGGACGAAGAGGAUGGUCCGUUAGACACUGACGCUUGGGGCCAAGGUGGUAACAUGUUUGGCCAGCAGAGCGACGGCACGGCGAGCGACGUGCAGAUUGACGAGGACGAAGAAUCGGCCGUCGGGCGUAUGGCGUCCGUCAGUUUGCUGGCAGCGCUGGCAGCCGACGAGCUCAUCCCACAAGACGCGCUGCUGGAAAGGUAUGCUCCCGAGGUUCUCAAGCUCAUCGAAGAUGGUGCGUUCUACGUUCGAAAGGAGGUUGCCAGCUCGCUCGGACCCUUGUCGCGCAACAUGACCGCCGAGACAGUGCAACAGACGGUGCUUCCGGCAUUGAACAAGGCUAUCCACGACCGUAACUGGCACGUUCGCCAGGCCGCCUGCUUCUCGAUCCCUGCUACGCUCGGCAAGCUCGAGGCCAACAUGCGCCGCGAGCAGACUCUUUUGUUCAUGCGAGCGUUGGUCAACGACGUCUCGCGUCAGUUGAGGAUGGCGGCGCUCGAGAUCAUCGGCGAAGUGAUCUACAUGUUCCACGAGAUCGAGAGUAGAGUGCCGGAGGAGCUGGUGCGUUUCUUCCUCGGCGAGCCUUUCGACGGGCCUCCGCAACAGGGCGACGCCUCGCUCACGUUUGACAAGACGAGCGACCCCGAAGGCACCGAAGCGCUGUUCGAAGAGGAGAGCGCCAUGAUGAUGGAUGCGAGCCCGGAUCUGGGCAUGUCCUCGUCACUCCGUACAGACCACGAGCAGGACUCGCUCCUGGCGAGUUUCGGCUACGGCGGAAACGAGAGCUCCAUGAUGGACGCGGGAGCGUGGGAUAGCAAUUUCCGCGUAAACAACUUCGAUCCCGAGCGUCCGCUCGUCGUCGCCUACAACCUACCUGCUGUGGUACUGACGCUGGGCGGGGAUCAGUGGAGCAGGCUCAAGCAAGCGCAUGCCGAGCUGACGAGCAGCGACAAGCCCAAGGUUCGCAAGAGUCUGGCGGCUUCGCUGCACGAGAUCGCCAAAAUGAUCGGCCAAGAAGCCACACGCGACGAUCUGCUGCCGGCAGCGACGCGCUUUGUCUCGGACGACGAUGUCGAUGUGAGAAGCGCCAUGUUUGACAACAUGGACGUCUUUCUCUCGUGUUUGCCGCAGGUGGAUGCAGAGAGGACGCUUUCGCAGUUGCUGUCUCUCUGGUCGACAGGCGCGCUGCGAGAUUGGCGUCUGCGUGAACGGCUAGCACAGCACAUCCCUAGCAUGGCCAAGCAGUUCCUGCUCGAGGAUGAGGAGGGUCACCUUGUAUCUUUGAUGCAGCUGGCGCUCGCCGACCCGAUCAGUGCGGUGCGGGACGCGGGUAUCCACUGCGUGCCAAACCUUUACAAGGCGUUCGCCGAGCACGACCAGGUGAUCGCCGACGGCUUCCUGGGCAUGGUGAGUGACCUGGGUAUCAGCACGGGCUAUCGUCUGCGGGUGGCAUGUCUGCUCUGCGUGGCAGCGCUGGUGGACGCGGGCAUCCAGCGAUCGUCAUGCGAGCUGCUGUUGCUCGGUCGGCUGAACCAGAUGGGAGAAGACAAGGUGGUGGACGUUCGCAUCGCGCUGUCACGUACGCUGGGCCAAAUGUGCCGCAAGGACGAGCUGUAUGCCCUGCCACAGUCGAGAUCGGAGGAGCUCAACAAGCUGAUCGCCAAGCUAGCCCACGACGAGUCGGACGAGGUUCGUCAAGCCGUUUCGGACAUUCUGUCGGAAGAAGAGCUUGGCAAGCACUCGAAGCUUCCAAGAGAGGCUGACGCGCAGCCUCGCAAAUUGGUACUGGGACCUGCCGAUGGCGGCCCGCAUCGCCCUGAGGGCGAAGGAGGCUUCCCAGACCAGUUCGUAGAUGCGCAAUUUGUGGACGCCGACGGUGAAGAAGGCGAUGUGUUCCAGAUGGAUGACGAGGAGAGCCAAACUGUCGGGACCGACUCGAUUGAGAAAGGGCAAGGCGAAGAAAGCGAGCACACUUCGGCUGCAGAAGUAUCCGACGAGGCGUCGGAAGCAGGGACGACGCAAGCACAGUCGGCACAGUAUCUGGAACGCUCACGGGCGAACAUCUUCGGCGCCAAGAAGCGCACGACGGAGCUCGAUCUCGAUUCGGAUUGGCUGGAAGAAGCCAACAAGGGAGCUCUGUUCGAAUACAGCAACAACGACGAGGACGAUGACUUUGAAGACGGGGAAAGGCUUGGAGACGAACCGCAUCAUCUGCUCAACGUGGACCGCGACUCGAGCGGCUCGGGUGAGCUGAUCGAGAACGAAGGCGAGCCCGAUGAGGAGGCGAGCGAAACGCCAAGCUCAGCGGAAGGACAGCGGGAGCGCGAUUCUGAGCAAGGCGAUAACAGCAUGGAAGAGACCGAGUCGGAGCACGGAAUCACGCUGUCUUCGCCGCAACGAGGAGUCGAGGCCGCAGCUUCCGGGGGCGAUGGUGACAGGUCAGCCGACAGCCCGAGUCGACCAGGAACGUCGUCAACGCAGAGCAAAGCCGCCGAUCCGUUCUUGGCGUUCGUAGCAGGUCGACGAUCGCAGGAUCUGUCGAAACAGCAGGGGGAGCAGCUGGGACGCAUGCCUGUGCUGAGCGGGGCUGCGGCCAAACGAUCGCGUCUGUCGAACGGUACAGCCGCACCUCAAGUCGAAGCGACGGCAGAGGACGAGGGUGAUGAUCAAGAGUCGUCGCAGAGCACUAGCGGUGACAAGGAUGAGGAGAUGAUGUCGAGGCGGUAUCUGUCCAAGGCCUCGGGCGACUGGUCCGAGCUCAAGAGCGGAGAUGCUGGCGCAGAGAGCGGCGAUGAUCACGACGACUUUGUGCAGGUGUAA